UUGGUGAGUACAGGGACACAUCCUGUAAAGGGAGUUGUUUGGGGCUGGAGAUGGAAACCAGAAAGGGCUUUGUUCCCUGUGUGAAUCCCUGGAGAGGAAAUUCACCCCUCCCGGAGCUGAGGUAGUUCCCAGCCCUUACAACAGUAACAAAUUCUUGGGCCAUUACUGUUCCAUCUCUCCAGGUGACCUCCCAGCUCCUGAUCUCUCUUUGAUCCCCACUGCUGCACAGGAUGAUGGACAGGUUUUGUUUUGGUGCGUAAUUGAUCAGAAGUCUCCUGCCACCUGAAUCAUCUUCUGCAAGGAUGGGGUGGAGGUGCACAGCCUGAGAGCUCAGCAUCGAAAGGGCAGUUACUACAUGCUCUUCCCCAUGACGAGGGGGAGCACAGGGACAUACGCAUGUGGAUACCAGCACAAGAACAACAGCAGUCGAGUGAGGAACUCUCCCCUCAGUGCUUCUAAGAACCUGAGCUUCGCAAGUGCUGGUGUGAUGGCCCAGGACAUCUGCAGCUCCCCAGGGGAUGAUGAGUACAGGGAUAGGUCUUGUGAAAGGUUUUGUGUGGGGCUGGAGAUGGGAAGGGGUCCCCAAGUAUGAACCCCUGGAGGGGAAACUCUUUCCCUUCCAGAACAGAGUCUUUUUCGAGCCCUGACAAGAGUUAUACUGUCCUGGGCCAUCCCUUUGCCGUCUCUGCAGGUGACCUUCCAGCUCUGUCCCUCCAUAUGAAAACCAAUGUCACUUUGGAUGCAGCACAGGAGGGAGAACAGAUUUUGUUUCGGUGCCAAACAGUCAUGAAGUCUCCUGUCACCCGAAUUGUCUUCUGCAAGGAUGGGGUGGAGUUUCACAGCCUGAAAGCCCAACAGAAGAAGGGGAGCUACUACAUGCUCUUCACCACGAUGAGGCGGAGCACGGGGACAUACACAUGUGGCUACCAGCACAAGGACAACAGCAACCGAGUGAGGAACUCUGCCCUCAGUGCUCCCCAGAACCUGAGAGUCACAGGUAGUGGGUCCAACUCCCAGGCAGGGACAGCCACCAAUGCUUCUCUGCCCCCAGAUACCAAUCCCCUGGGCUUUCAGACCUUUUCCCAAGACAUUAUGAUAGGAUUAGUGACCAUCUCUCUUUUCCUCCUGGCUGCAGCCACCUACUGUUUUGUGAGGAAAGGAGCCUGCAGAGAGAGAUGCCAAAGACAGCAGCAAGUUCCCAGCCACGAGGCUGAAGAGAUUGAUGACAACGAAAUACCAGCUCCCCAUUGUGGUUGACCCCCUCUUGUGUCCUGGCUGCCUCUGGCAUCACCAGCAACCCAGAGACCAUUGACCGGC